CUUUCGCGAACGGCAAAAGCUCAAACGGAGCUCCUCAGCUGCGACGAUGCUUACUCGUAUCUAUCGCAGCCUGUCAGCCCCUGCUUACGGGCCCGGACGCGGCUGCAGAGAUGCACCCGAGUCUAUCUGCUACGCUCACCUCAACGUAGGAAACACGUCUUCCGUCUCGGAUCUCGUACACGGCUCUGCCCUCCCGGACAUGAAAGCUUGUCGGCCAUUUGGGAGGAUCAGCAAGAAGGCCGACGCCACCGCUGAGAUGGCGGACUUGAUAUACUACACCUUGACGGAAGUGGAGAAGGUCUGUCUCCGCGGGUCUGCUCAGUCAUCCAACAGACUCUCGAUAAGCUCAGGAGGAUCUCCGCACGGAAUCGAGGUGCGUGUGGCGUCCCUGGCCCUGCCCCUGGGCCGUUCCUCCGUUCAUUGAUCGAGCGUGCUGCAGCAGGCUGCAGCGCAGCCUCGUAGCCUGGCGGAGUGUUACGUACAAUACCAGUAGAAAGCGUGGAUUUGAACGAACUGUACAUCUUGCCUUCGCAUUCUGGUCACCCUGUAGGGGCUCCAGUACAUGACCGGCGCUUCCACAACACGCGGUCGACAUCCAUGAUAGUAAACGUGCUCCCUGCCAUCUGCUAGUGCAACCGUUGCGGGAGCCCAACAAGGCUAUUCAUGAAGGUCAACGCGGAUGCUACCGUGUGCACUUACCAGACACGACGCGCCUUGCACACGUGACUGCUGCAAUCGGCGCGUCUCCGUCGUUGACAACGUUUGACCUCAACC